GCCUAAUUUGUAUGCUAGUGUCAACCAAAAAUAAGGGUUUUUUUCUGAUAGUAGGCCUAUGGCAUGGUUUAGAGAAACUGCAGGCUUGGACCUAAAUUGGAUAGUUAGUGAGCAAGGUCUAUUCUAAGUCAAAUACAAUGUCAAUGGUUUAGGCACUUCCUGUAAAUAUUUACUCAGUUGAAGUCCGUAGGCUACAGAUCGCAUCGUCGACGAAAGUGAAACGCGCCCUUUAAUCAAGGCCUUUAGUUAAAAAAAAAAAAAAACACUUAAACCUUAUCUUGCAUGUUAGCACUGAUACAUUACUCUCUUCAAACCACCCUCUUUCCUCCGGGGCAUUGAGAAGCAACAUCACAAAACGUCGACAUGAGUGGUCACAUCUUCUUGCAUUGUUCUAAAUGUAGGCUAUGAUCUGAUUGUCAGUGGAAUGCUGUUUUGUUUAGAGGGGAGGAGUUUCGGGACUUCAAGAAUUACCCUGGGAAAGUGCGAAUUCGAGCUGAACAGCUAUUACAGUUGUAAUCAAAAUGACAGUCAAGAGGCAAGAUAUUUCGCGGAAAGGAUUUAUACAAUACACGCAUGCUUGAACAGAUUUAAUGGAACCCAAUCGCUCGCUUCAUGCAGCGAGGGGGGUAUGGCUGUAAGCAGAGUCCUACUCCUGUUGCUGUUCUGGGUAGCAUCAACAGUGUGUGACAGUCACAUCAAGCCAAGCGAGUUUCUCUGCAAUGAGGUGGAAAGACAAAGACUGAACCAAGCUGAGAACUUGUGCAAAGUAAUGGUAAUUAACAAUGGACAAGGGACACAGUUACAUAAACAGAGAAAAAAAAAACACAGGUACAUGGACAAAGCAGAGUACACAUCUAGAGAGGAUAAUUGCAGUGACCUUACUCAGCCUCUCUCUUCUCAAAUUCGGUUGCCUGACACCAAGAUACAUAAAAAGACGUGGGAGAAGAUUCACUUUAAGGACAGAAUGGCUGAAGUCCUGCAGUCGCUGCGUAAUCUGGUGCAGGAUGUGGAGGCUGCCAGGGAGCGCAUGCAAUCUGGCUGUGGUUCCUCCCUACUAGAGAGAUUGGAACAUAACGCCAGGAACUACCAGGGUAUUCUGACUCAUCCCAGCGUCGCUGAUGAGGUAGAACGACUACAUCCUGGGGAGAUGAGCAGACCACCCAUAAUCCAAAAGUCCUCUUCUGACCUCAAGCAGAUCCUGAGAUAUUUUGACAACUUAUUAAAAGGCAAAUUGGAAUGGCUCAUGACGGAACUAGACGUUGGUUGUCACUGAUUGAACUGUGGAACAGGAAAGAAGUGACAAAAGUUUUAGUUUUGGGGAACUGCUUUACCGUGGGAAGGACUCAUGUUAUGGAAUUACUGCUCCCUCUAACGGUCAGACUUUGAACUACACUGACAGAGCACAGCAUACAGUAUGACACAGUGUAGACAUUGGCAACAGUGAGCUAGUCAUUUGUUUCAAAUCUUAAAUGUAUCAUGUUGUAGAAAUCACAGCUGUACUAUCAUUUGUAAAUGAGUGACGCUAAGGGACAUGGAUCAUAACCACUCCUACAAUAUUACACUCCUCCAGGACCAAAGGUAGAGGAUGAUGCAGUGCCUACAUAUUUCCUGGUUGUUGUUGUUUUUUAUUAUUAUUUUACCUUUAUGAUGUUAAUAUGUUAUUUUUUAUUGUAUUCAACUGAUAUUUUGAGUACAGGUGAAAAAAGAAGGGAAUGACAAUAUCCAAGAUUGUGAAAGAAUCGACUUAUGCUGAGGUCUGCUGAUAUUUCUCCUGUAGCUAACAAAAGGAUCAUCACAUAGUCCAAAAUCAAAAAGUGUCUUUGUUAUAUUCAGCCAAUGCACAGUACAGUAUGUCUCUUAGUCUUCAAUGUCAGUUUUGUGGAAAUUAUGUAAGCCUACGCAUGUGAGCCAUCAAGCUUUAAGGAAAUCCUAAACCUGACCGUAUACACUAUGCAGUAAGCAUUCUGGGCUCUGUGUUUUGUGAAUGAUGUAAUCAUUGUGAGUGUAGCAUCUAGUAAUUCUGAAUGAGACCUAAUGUAAAAAAAUGGUGAAUGCGCCUUUUAGGAAAUGUGAAUCUGAGUUUUUAUAGUGUGCUUUCCCCUGUUUCUCCUGUCUUUGUGUCACCUUUGCUCUUUGUGCAUGUUUACAUCCUUGCCGGUGUCUAAAUAGUUCUUUGUGUGUACCCAAUAAACAGCAGGGAUGACUUAUGCCUGACAAGACAGGAGAAUGUCUGAAAGACAUAUUCUAAGCUUGCUAGACAGCAAAAUCAAGGCCCCUGGACCUGCUGGCUAGGCGAGGGACUAUACUGUGGACGUGACUGCAGUGGGUUGGCGGCUGUGGUGGAUAUGUAUAUGGGAGCUGAAUGUCCCAUCCCAGGUCAAGCAGCAGUGGGCCCUGGGCCUUCCCUGCAUUUCGGUGAAGAGGAAAGAUAGUUUGUGCUGCUUCGGCAUUGAUGCAUUAGAUGGCUUAGGUGGCUGGGUCCUGCCGGUGCAGCUCGCUCAAAGAGCUGACACCAAGCAAAGAUCGCCUUCUCCACCAGCCAUGGACUCUGGCAGGGACUACAUGACGAGUGCAAGGAGAAGCAGCUGCUGGUGCCUCUCUACCUGCAACUCCUAAUUGGUCCAUGGCUUGGCAGGGGCCAGUCAUUUUGUCUUAGAAGGACGCUCCCGCUUAUUCAGGCCAGAUUCUACUGCCCCCUCUGCCAGUAGGAUACAUGUUGACUAAGUGUGAUGCAUGGACAGAUAACAUGGGGCCCUAUUCUCAUAUCCAAGCAAGGGAACCAUUAUGUCUUUGUGACGAUAGACUACAAGGAGUGGCACUAGUGCUUCCCCCACAAAUGACCCCCUGAUCAGCAAGAUGUUCAUCUGUUUUGAUGCACCUAAGGAACUGCUGUGUUUGGCAAGGUCUAGCAACUGGAUGUGAAAAACCUUCAGGCAGGCUCUACCACUUCACCCAUAUAGAGAAGACUGGACGAGCAUUUGGCUAUCCAUGGUGUUCAAGUGUGAGACCGAGGAUGAUACAGAAGCCAAUGGAUGGGUCUGUGCCAGCUGACUAGGCAGUCAGUGAGUAUGGCGGGAGUUCACCAGUGGACGAGGCGGUGGCAGCUGAGCUGAUUUCAGACUGCCUGAAACCUGUUUUGGUCUCUGCACUGACUCCGCAUUUGGUCUGGACCUGAGUUUGUUUGGACCAAUGGUUCACUGAUGUUUGCAAAUGUGAACGCAGUCUACCAUACCCGGGUGCAGACAAGGGUCUGCUAGAAAACUGUGGUCUGGUAGCCUAGCGAGCUAGACCCACGUUGAGAUUUAGGGUCUAGAAACUCACCAUAGCAGGGCUCAAUCAGAGGGGUGGGAUAAACAGUUGUCUUUCAAAUUCCUCUCCACGCAGGAUCCGUAACGGUCGCAACUUCUGGUCUCAUGUCAGCCAUCAUUAUGUUAAGCCCGCCCACCCACUCUAUACACGAUGUGAUUGGUUCGGUGAUUGCUCCGAAGUCAAACGGAGAGUUGCUAGACUACCCCGGCAGCAAAUGAGAUUUGCUGUCGCUAGGAGCGUCUACAUUUCUAGGCUAGUAAGAUUCCUGACGCGACGAGACCGACGAGUUGCAGUGGUGUGAAUUAGAAGUGGCACGUAUUGCAGGCCGUCGCAAGCCGUCGCAGAGCAUUCAACAUGUUUAGUCGCAGUUGCAAGGUUUUAGAACGUCGUGGCUCGUCUCAUUGGGAAUCUUUGGUCUGAACCCUACUUUAGAACUCCUGUUUUUGCACCCUUGCCAAGUGAUAUUGGUAAAUAGAAGUUAGUGUUUAUGACAUAAAUGGACCCAAGUCUGCAAUGUUAAUGUCCAGCUAGGCCAGGGCUAGGGGGAGUAAUCGCCUUCUGGUAGGCCUACAGUCCAGUUACAGUUUUUGCCUAUGGCUUACCCACUAAAAUCAAAUGCUUACACCAAAGCCUCAAUACCUAAACUUCUUGUAUUAUACUUUACACACAGUGUAACCAUAGCUUAAACACAUUCUCUGCUUUGCACAUUGUUUGCAAUUCUGCAAAACACUUUUUGCGAAACACUACACACGUUUCGUACAGACACUUUGUGCAAAAACAAAAUCCCCUGGUAUCAUUGGGAAAAUACCUUGUUCAAAAUGCAAAACUCAUCUGGCAAUUGUAGGCACUUACAUACAGCCUUGAAAACACUUGCACAGAAAACAGAACACCAAUCGGUCUGAACCUUAACACUACAAAUAGGCCUCCAGUAAGCCAUUUUGAGAGCUUUGCAAGCAUGGAGACAAUUCAUAUAUCAAAAGUUGUAUACCUGCCCCCUUACAGCCCCUUUCUGAAUGCAAUUGAGGAAAUAGUUCUGCAUGGCGGUGGAAAGUAAAUGAUUGCCAACCACACGCCUGCAUACCUCUUCUGCAGGCAAUGUGGCAAGAGGCAUACGUGGAGACAUUGGGAAUAAAUCCCCCCCAUUGUAUGUGUGUGUGUGUGUGUGUGUGUGUGAUAUUGCAGAAAUUCUACUUUUGAGUUUUUACAGAAGGUCUGAGAAAAUGACCAAAUAAAAUACAAAAAUAGAAACACAAAGACGGCAGUGUUUUAUAUAAAGUGCAUCAGUGUUUUACUGGUGAUAUGUAGGGUAAUUCAAAUGGUGCUUGUGUGUUUAGGUUUUUUUUGCAAGAAUUUCGUUUUUAAAAAGGAGUUAUGUUUUGAUUGCAGUGUUUCAUUUUGGCAUAGAUGUGAGUUGUUUAUCCCCAAGUGCUCUGUGUUAUGUAGCUGUGUGUAGAGUUUUGAAAUAAUGAGCCAAAUUCUGCAAAAUGUGUGUAAGCAAUAGGCAAACACUGUAAAUGGACCCAGUGUGAAGGCAACCUUGGAAUAGAUUUCAAGAUUUUACUGAUAACAUUUAAGACACUUCAUGGACACUUCAUGAACUGUAUAUUACUGUAUGUCUUUGUGCCUUUUGCACCUGCAUGGAGCCUAUCGAGAUCCUCGGGUAGAGCCCACUUACAAAAAAAAGUGGACAGAGCAUCAGUGCCAUGAGGGUCUGAAAUGAUCUGCCUAAGGGAAUCUGGUUAACAGAGUGACUAAAUUGAAGUCCCUUAUUUUUUUUUCUUGACUUUACAUUUUCUUUGAUCUGUCUUUAAUUUCAUAAAAUAGAAUUUGUAUGCACUUCCUAGGCUAUUGAUUACAGUUUUUCUCAGUUGUUACCACACAUUUUCUGAAAACAUGCCUCAUACUCUCAGAACUCUACACACAAAUCCAAAACAACACAAUGGGCAAAACCCUGCCAUUCUCCUGCAAAAUGACACUUGUACAAUGUAAAUGUAAACAAUGUAAUUUCUCCUCAAAUGCUCUUUUGUUCUCAAGAGACACACACAAACCAUUAUAUAUCAAGACAUUUAUAAGGACCAGUUGAACACUGAUGUGCUCAGUGUAAAACACUCCCCGUCCUCCUCCUCUUACUCUCACUCCUCUGCCUCUGCCUCUGCCUCUGCCUGUACUACUACUGUAUACUGAAGCUGUGAUUGAUCAUUGUAAAACUGUGUGACAGGUGUUUGCCCAUGUGAUGAGUCAGUGUGCAUGGUAGGGCAGUUAGCUUUAGAAUUUGAAUGGCAGUGUGUUCCUUGAGAGAACAAGACAUUUUCUUCAUGAAAAUUGUGUCAAAUGCAGAGAAUUGUGUGUAGUGUUUUGAAAACAGUGUGUUUUAGAACGGCAAUUUGAGUGUAAAGCAGAAAUUGUGCUUAUAGUUCAGCAGAAUCGGUUCAGGAGGUUGGUGCAUGAGCUACAUAUUAUUGGAAUUGUGUCUCAAGUACCAGAAAUUGUGUGUAAACAAUUGAAAAAAAACUAAUUCUAUUGUUUGUUUUAUUAUGUUAUAUUUGUUAAUAACUUUGUAACAUGAUUUUUUUUUAAUUAAUAAAGAUGCUCUAUAAA